GCCCCCUCGGACGGCAGGACGAGGCCGCUCCGCGGUUGCCGUAGCAACCGUUGCCCCUCCGCCGGUUGCUGGGGACCGAUGGGAUGGCGGCGGCGGAGGAGGAAGAAGUGGAGUGGAUAGUGGAGAGCAUCGCCAGCUUCCUCCGGGGCCCGGACUGGUCCGGGCCCAUCCUGGACUUCUUGGAGCAGAAGUGUGAAGUUUUUGAUGAUGAAGAAGAAAGCAAGUUGACCUAUACGGAGAUUCAUCAGGAGUACAAAGAGCUGGUUGAAAAGCUCUUAGAAAGUUACCUGAAAGAGAUUGGAAUUAAUGAAGAUCAAUUUCAGCAGGCAUGCACAUCUCCCCUUGCAAAGUCGCAUACAACGCAGGCCAUCUUGCAACCGGUGCUGGCAGCCGAAGACUUCAGUCUAUUUAAAGCCAUGAUGGUUCAGAAAAACAUUGAAAUGCAAUUACAAGCCAUUCGCAUCAUUCAAGAGAGAAAUGGUGUAUUACCGGACUGUUUGACGGAUGGUUCUGAUACGGUCAGUGAACUCGAACAGGAGGAAAUGAAAAUCCUCAGGGAAGUUCUUAGAAAGUCAAAGGAAGAGUAUGAACAAGAAGAAGAGAGAAAACGGAAGAAGGACGGCUUGUUGAAGCCCUCGGAGGGUAAAGCGGGGUGUUCGGGGUUCUCGGCUGAGCCCGCAAGAUCUAAAGCGGCCCCAGAAGACAUUCAGGACUCUGCCUCUUCACCCUCAGAGGGAAAAGCCCACUUUCCCAGUGGGUCGGAGCAGCGUUUACCCCGGAGGCUGAAGAGCCCCCUUCAGACGUCACCUCCUCAGAAGCCGGAGGAAGAGAGCGGCCAAAAGACAGCCCGACUUCAAGGCGCCCAAGGGGGACCGCUCACCACUUUAUCAGGGCUCGGCAUGGAGGAGCUCCGCCGGCGAGAAGACUACCUGAAGCAAAAGAGAGACCAGUUGAUGGCUCUGAAAAAGGACGCCGGGAACAAGCAGCCGGGCCCCGCCGAAGACAAAGAAAAACCCCGUCAUGGCGAGGACGCCGUCAAGAAACCAGAAAUGACAGCAGAGGAAAGACAGACCUUGUUAAAGAGGAGGCUGCUGGCCGAGAAACUGAAGGAAGAAGUGAUCAACAAAAGUGAGGGGUAAAUUUGGAAAAGAACACAGGCAGAAGUUCGAACUCCUUUAAAAAUAAAUUAUUCACCCCAUC